GCCGCCCGCGCCCGGCCCCGGCGCCCCGGCCCGCCGCCCGCGCUUCAUGGCUGCGCACGAGUGGGACUGGUUCCAACGCGAGGAGCUCAUAGGGCAGAUCAGCGACAUCCGCGUCCAGAACCUGCAAGUCGAAAGGGAAAAUGUGCAGAAGAGGACCUUCACGCGUUGGGUAAACCUGCAUCUAGAGAAGUGCAACCCACCUCUAGAAGUUAAAGAUUUAUUCGUUGAUAUACAAGAUGGCAAAAUCCUAAUGGCUUUGUUAGAAGUCCUGUCUGGGCGAAAUCUGCUGCAGGAGUACAAAUCCUCAUCCCAUCGCAUUUUCCGGUUGAACAACAUAGCGAAAGCACUUAAGUUUUUGGAAGAUAGCAACGUUAAACUGGUUAGCAUCGACGCAGCAGAAAUAGCAGACGGCAACCCCUCUCUGGUUCUUGGGCUGAUAUGGAACAUAAUCCUCUUUUUCCAGAUUAAGGAGCUCACGGGCAAUCUCAGCAGAAACUCUCCAUCUUCCAGCCUGUCGCCUGGCUCGGGGGGCACAGACUCCGACUCUUCCUUCCCACCCACGCCCACCGCAGAGAGGAGCCUAGCGGUAGCCGUGAAGGAUCAGAGGAAGGCCAUCAGGACCCUGCUGGCAUGGGUGCAGAGGAAGACGAGGAAGUAUGGUGUAGCGGUGCAGGACUUUGCUGGCAGCUGGAGAAGCGGGAUGGCCUUCCUGGCAGUGAUCAAGGCCAUCGACCCCAGCCUGGUGGACAUGAAGCAGGCCCUGGAAGACUCCAUGCGGGAGAACCUGGAGAAGGCUUUCAGCAUCGCGCACGAGGCCCUCCACAUCCCCAGGCUCCUGGAGCCAGAAGACAUCAUGGUUGACACGCCAGACGAGCAGUCUAUCGUGACUUACGUGGCACAGUUUCUGGAACAUUUCCCGGAGCUGGAGGCCGAAGAUUUCAUGGAUUCAGAUAAAGAAGCCCCUAUCGAAUCCACCUUUGUCCGCAUCAAAGAAACUCCCUCUGAACAGGAGAGCACAGUGCUCCUUCUGACUGAAAACGGGGAGCGAGCCUACACUGUUAACCAUGAGGCCAGCCAACCACCACCCUCCAAAGUCUUUGUCUGUGACAAGCCCGAGAGCGAGAAAGAAUGCUUCCUCAGUGGUGUGUCCAGCCAUGCACUGUCAGACCGCUCCCCCGAGUUCACGCCCCAGAUCAUCGACCAGGCCCUCCAAGGGGUCCCAGGUAAAGCCAGCAGCACCAAUGACCCACCUCCAGAAUCUUCCAUUUUAUCAUCCAGAAAGGACAGCCGGAGGUCCAACUCUUUACCCAUCAAGAAAACUGUGCACUUCGAGGCUGACACCUACAAGGAUGCUUCCUGCAGUAAGGACCCUUUCUACAGUCAAGACCUUCGCUUUGAAGGGAGCCCAAGAGGGACAAAGGACUCAUUGCCAAAGCAGGAUGGGUACAUCCUGGCAGUUGAGACUGCUGAGGAAAAGCCAAAACAGGAGGUUCCAAAAGGUUCGGAAGCAACCUCUGAUGAGUCCCCAGGUGACAUCUCUUUGGUGGACAGUAAGAUCAAUCAUUCGCAGACUGCCCAGAGUUCUCCCUCCUGGAACGGAGAGCCAGAGGGUGCGGCCAGCCCCAGGGAGGAGAGUUGUCUGCUUUCACCCUUUGGGGACAACACUGUUAUGGCUGAUUCCUUGGAGAUCAAGGUCAAGCUGCUGACCGUAGAAGCUAUGAGUAACGAAGACUGUUAUGAAGAUGUUCCUUUAAAAGCCUCUACAUUUAACAACGACCUCAUAGAUUUUGCCUCAACCAGCCAGGCUUUCACGGAGGUUCCUUGGCCUCAUGAGAAGAAACCAGCAGAGGAUGAGGUUUUGGAGAAUCAGGCUGAGAAACUGGGGAAGAGGAGAAGUAAGUCUGCACACCAGAGGAAAGGUUCAGAUGAGUCCCCGGAGAGGCCCAGUAAGCUUGAAUCUCACAAGGACCCCAGGCAAGAAGACCAAGGCCAUUCUCUGGCCCCAGGAGAGGCGCCUGCUGAUAAGAAGCCGGAGGUGUACGAGAAGCCCAAGCGGAAGUCCACACGCCGCCAUCUGGACGAGGACGAAGGGGAGGUUACGGGGCUGCGGGGGCCAGAAGGGGAGGCGCCCUCUGAGCCUCCGAGCAGCAGCGUCAGCCUGGAGACCCUGCACAGUCGCAGCGAGGCGGGCCUGGACUUCAAGCCCUCCCCGCCGCUGUCCAAGGUCUCGGUCAUCCCCCACGAGCUAUUCUACUACCCGCACUAUGAGGUGCCCCUGGCUGCGGUUCUGGAGGCUUAUGCAGAGGGCGCGGAGGACUUGAAAAACGAAGACCUGGAUCUUGAGGAGCCGGACGGCUAUCUGUGUGAUGUGGGGGCCAGGGACGAGGCCGAGGAGGUCGAGGAGGCCGAGGAGGUCGAGGAGGUCGAGGAGGCCGAGGAGGCCGAGGAAGCCGAGGUGUCUCAGAGCAGCUGCAGCUUCUCAGGGCUGGGCGAGGAUGUCCCCGAGGCCAGUUUCCCUGCAGUGCCAUGCCCCACUGGGGGUGUGGAAAACACCAGACUGACCUCAGAACCUGCCGACCUGUCCCCACCAGAUGACCACCAGCAAGGGGAGGCCGAAGACAGUUCCCAUGUGGAGAACCAGCAGUCCCAGGAAUUCGGAAACCAGGGAAACUUAGCAAACUCUUUAGAAGAAAAGGUAAUGGGAGAAACGAUCAGCAGUAAAAAAAAGGAGAAAAGGAAGCAUGUGGACCACGUAGAAAGUUCCAUAUUUAUAGCACCCGGCAGCGUCCGAUCCUCAGAGGACCUAGAAGAAGACCCUGGCGACCACAAAGUCCUCUCCAGGACUAGUCACAGUGACUCCAGCAUUUACAUUCGACGACAUACUAACAGGUCUUUGGAAUCGGAUCAUGUUAGCUAUGUUCAGUUGAGGAACGCAGCAGAUCUGGAUGACAGAAGAAACCGAACGUUAACCAGGACUUAGAUUAUUGGAGUGGAAAAGCCUCUCUGAAUAUCGCCCAACACCCGUGAGUGUGACCUUUAGAAGCCUGUCUCUCUGGCCAGAGGCAAGACCUGUUUCCCUCCUCUGCCAUAAAAUGGAAAUAUUAAUUCAUGUUGUCCACCAGGCACGACAGACUCCUUAGGAAAGUAGUGCUUCUCACUUUCAGGAGAUAGAGACUUUGACAAUUUAAACUAGAAGGUAAAGAAAUGCAGUCAUGCUUUCCAAAUGUUUUGGAGCAUUUAUUACCUUUGUAAUAAAUAGAGUUUAAAUCUUUUUUUAAGUUUUAAGAAAGAAAAUUUCUGUCCGUUGUCAUAUGUGAAUGAGUCCCUAGACCCAAAGGCCAUGGUUUAACCCCUUGUUGGCCUCGACUCUGCAUCAGGACACGGAUCAGGGAUGAGGUGGUUUUCCCUCCUCAUCAUCUCCACUGCCCGCCCCAGAUGACCCUAAGAAGCUCACACUUGAGUUUUCCAUAAAUGCAGGUUUAAGCAGAAGCCCCCAACCCCCUUCCAGUCAGAGGAUGCCCCCAGCCCUUUCCUUGGCCGGAACUGGGAGCUGUGGUUGGUUACCACCUCACCCUCGUAGGUUUUAUCCACCAAGCCAAAGUGAAACAUCACUUGGACACCCUCUGAAACACAAAAGAAGAAAGACUAGUCAGACCAAAGUCAAGUCUAGUCAUUAUCGUCAAGGUUCUGUUCCAAAGCCAAGAUCAAAAGCCGGGCGGUGGGGGG